CCACCACCUCAUUCUCCCUUUUAUCACAUCUUAUUAAAUCCCACCUUCACUCUCACUUGUCAUAGGCAUUUCUUCCAACGCCUAUACCAUUAAACUAAACUAGACUAAACUAAACUAAAUCGCUCUUAAAUCUUGCAAUGGCCACCGUCACCUCCUCCGCCGCUGUCGCAGUCCCAUCAUUCACCGGCCUCAAGGCUGCAGGACCCGCCAAGCCCACAAUUGCUAAAAUGAUCCCCACCACCACCGCCGUCCCACGGUUGUCAGUAAAGGCCUCCCUAAAGAACGUCGGAGUAGCCGUUGCCGCCACCGCCGCCGCCGGAAUCCUCGCCGGAAACGCUAUGGCCAUUGAAAUCUUGCUCGGAGGCGAAGGCGGAGUUUUGGCUUUUGUUCCUCAAGACUUCAAUGUUGCCGCCGGUGAGGAGAUCGUGUUCAAGAACAAUGCCGGAUACCCCCACAAUGUGGUGUUCGAUGAGGAUGAGAUUCCUUCAGGUGUCGAUGCCGGAAAGAUCUCGAUGCCCGAGGAAGAUUUGUUGAAUGGACCAGGGGAGAUUUACAAAGUUGUCCUCACUGAGAAAGGUUCUUACAAAUUCUACUGCUCUCCUCAUGCUGGUGCUGGUAUGGUGGGAAAAGUUACAGUUAACUAAUAUUUGAAUAAUGAGUUUGUUGUAGAGCUAUAUAAACAUUGUUGAAUUGUUACCUUGGACACAUUUGUGUAAUCUCUUUGUAAUCUUUUCUUUUUCUUUUUGGGUAGUUAUGUAUGAGUUGGUAAGUAAUGUCACCAUGAAAUUUGAGGCUAA